AGAUCUCCUUCAUCCCUCUCCAUAAGAGGAGAAAAGGAAACACAAGAAGAAGCACCUGGUGCAGAGCCCCAAUUCCUAUUUCAUGGAUGUGAAAUGCCCAGGAUGCUAUAAAAUCACGACAGUUUUUAGCCAUGCACAAACAGUAGUUUUAUGUGUUGGCUGUUCAACUGUCCUCUGCCAGCCUACGGGAGGAAAAGCAAGACUUACAGAAGGAUGUUCCUUCAGGAGGAAGCAGCGCUAAAAGCAGCCUGAAUCAAGAUGAG